AUGGGGAUUGUUCUAGAUAUGGAGUCAUUAAUAGGGAGGUCCAUUCACAAGGGCAUUGCCAUGGCCAUAUCUGAUUUUUAUGCUCUUAAUCACAGUUACAGAACGAGAAUAGUUCUUCACACAAUGGACUCCAAGGGAGAUCCAUUAGAAGCUCUUUCAGCUGUAGAUCAUCUUCUCAAAAACGUGAAGGUGAAAGCCAUCAUAGGCCCAGAAACGCAUCUUCAACCCAAGUUAUUGUCCUUGUUUGCUGACAAAGCUAAAGUUCCUAUAUUUUCUAUUGCUGCUUCAUCUUCGAUGGAAUACCCUUACUUGUUCCAUAUCAAAGACGAUGAAUCCAUGAUGGCCAAAUGCGUUGCUGCCGUUGUGGAAUCAUAUAAAUGGAGGCAUGCUAUCUUCGUUUAUGAGGACACUGAAGAUGGGAGGGAGAUCUUACCCUAUCUGGUUGAGUCAUUCCAGGAUAAAAGCAUCCAGAUCACUUACAGAAAUGCCAUUUCUCUCUUGGCCACAAGUGAUGAAAUAAUUGAACAAUUACAUAAGCUCAUGAAUUUUCAGACAACUGUAAUUAUUGUACAUAUGUCACCUUCACUUGCAUCUAGACUUUUCUUAAAUGCAAAAAAGUUGGGAAUGAUGAGUGAAGAAUAUGCAUGGAUUUUAACAGAAAAAACAGUUGACGUCUUGCGAUCAACAGACUUUGAAGUUAUCGAGUCAAUACAAGGGGUACUAGGUUUUAGGCCGUAUGUUCCGGCAUCAAGCAGGCUGCAUAACUUAACAGCAAGAUGGCACAACUUCUUUUACAGAAAGUACCCUACAUCGGUAACAAAGGAGGUACCUGUGUUUGCCUUACGGGCAUACGACACAAUCUGGGCACUUGCGGAGUCUUUUGAGAAAGUUGAAGUCCUAGAAAAUGGUCCUUUUUUUCUAAACGAGGUCUUGAAAAUCAGGUUUAAGGGCAUAAGUGGUGAGUUUCAACUUAGUGAAGGAAAAGUUAUCUCCAAUGGAUAUGAGAUUAUGAAUGCCAUCGACUAUGGUGAGAAGCGAGUAGGAUAUUGGACAUUAUCAGAAGGUAUCAAGGAAGCAUACCCCUUGAUUAACCGCGGUCAUAGAUAUUCUAGUAUGCAUACUGAAGCUGUUAUCUGGCCCGGACGGUCUACAACUGCUCCAAAAGGUCGGAUGUUACACACAUUUCCUGGUAAAGAGUUAAACAUUGGUGUUCUAAAGAUAAAAAACUUUAAGCACUUCAUGGAUGUAGAGAAUGAUGUGGAGAAAAAUGUUACAAAUGCCACUGGGUUCUCUAUAGAUGUAUUCAAUGCUUGCAUUCGCGCGUUAACAUAUGAAGUACCUCACAAAUUCAUUUUAUUUGAGAAUGCCAGUUAUGACGAUCUGGUGCAGAAGGUGUAUAAUCAGGAAAUUGACGCAGUCGUGGGGGAUUCAACAAUCUUGGCCAACAGAUCUGAGUAUGUUGACUUUACGUCGACUUACAGUGACUUGGGUGUAGGAACACUUGCCAGAAUCAAGAAAAACGACAUGUGGUUCUUCUUGAAGCCACUGGACGUGGGUCUAUGGCUAACUGCUAUUGCUUCUCUUAUGGUAACUGGCUUUGUGGUUUGGGCAAUUGAAUGUAUGAAUCAAGAAUCUGAAUCUUCACCAGCUCAACGAAUUGGAACAAUCUUCUGGCUCAUCCUAUUGACCAUUUUUUUCGCUCAAAGAGAGAAGCUGUCGAACAAUCUGUCAAGAUUUGUAAUGUUUGUUUGGUUACUAGUGGUGCUUAUCUUGAUCACAAGCUACACAGCAACAUUGGCUUCACUGUUGACAGUUGAGCAAUUUGAAUUGGUGUCAAAAGGGGGAAUUGUGGGGUUUCAUGGAGGUUCUUUUAUGAGAGGAGUAACAGUCAGCAAUUUGCACUUUGAAGAUAAUAUGAAGAGGGCAUACUACUCAUAUGAGGAUUAUGCCCAUGCUUUAUCAGAAGAUGGUGAAGCUGAUGCCAUUGUUGAUGAGAUUCCUUACAUCAAGAUGUUUCUUGGCAAGUACUCAUCAGGCGACUAUGCCUUGGUUUCGUCUCAACCCAUCACUUCUGGUUUUGGCUUUGUAAGUUCCCCUUUCCUCUCCAUCACUUGCACUAUUUUACAUGCACACAUAUCAAAUGAGAAGAUCUUCCAAAAAGGUUCGCCGUUGGUACAAGAUGUGUCAAGAGAAAUCGCCAAAAUGAGAUUAGACGGAACUCUAGCAAGUUUGGAGAAGAAGUGGUUUGAGAAUCGGCUUUCUAUCCCGUCAAGGAAUUCUACAAUGUCCAAAGCCUUGAAGCUUGAUAGAUUUGGUGGUUUGUUUAUUAUUAGUGGGGUGACUUCAGCUUUAGCCCUUAUGAUCUCUUCAUUUAGGGGGUGUUGGCGAUUGCUUAUUUGA